UGUUUUUGUUCGGUUAGAGGUUAGAAACUCGAAUUCGCUGUAAAAAUGGGAAAUUGUUAACUCUUUUCAAUAAUUUCUUGAAUUUCUCCGUGAUAAAGACAACGGUGAUAAGAACAAAUCGUAGGACCAGGAAGCUGGAUUUAAUAGCCGUACCGGGAUAAAUCCUCAUUAAAAAAGAAGAAGGUGAACGGAAGUGCAGGAAGUUAAGUUAUGCGGAACUCCAGUGAAGUGAGUCACAGUUAAUUUACCCUGGAACCUGUUGAAAUUUGCUGUGAUAGCUAGAAAGGCAACAAAAUGAAUCGCCGGGCUCGAUUGAUCCACCUGGACGACGAAAGUGAUGAGGACAAUAACAUCGGAAGAUCUUCAGCAGCAACAGGCCCUUCGCGAUCGGAACCAACCGAUUUCAACAUCCCCGUUACGGAAGACUCGGAUCCGGCGUUCCGCACAGCGCAACCACCAAAGAAAGAGCCCUCGCAGUAUGAAAGUCUGGACUACGAUGUAUGCGAGAACGUCCUGUGGCGUCGCGAUCAAACGAAGAUCGAACCAAAGUUCACCGUUCGGAAGGACUUUGCCCGCUGGGUCAUCUCGUUCCAGAUUGGGGUCUGUACCGCGCUGGUAGCCUGCUGCAUUAAUAUCGUUAUUGAGGAGGUGUCGCGGCUCAAGUAUGGAUUCCUCAAGCAGCAAGUCGAUCGUAAUGUGAUCCACGGAGACCUAAGCAUUCCGUAUCUAUACUGGGCCCUUACGAAUCUCAUACCGGUCGUAAUCGGGUCGACGCUGGUAGCGUACGUAGAGCCAGUGGCGGCCGGCAGCGGCAUACCGCAAGUGAAAUGUUAUUUGAACGGCGUCAAAGUGCCACGAAUCGUGCGUAUCAAGACGCUAGCAGUGAAGGCGGUCGGUGUGGCAACCUCGGUGAUCGGUGGACUGGCCGGAGGUAAGGAAGGCCCCAUGAUACACAGCGGUGCGGUGAUUGCAGCUGGAAUCUCGCAAGGGAAGAGCACCACAUUCAGGCGCGACCUGAAGGUGCUGCAAUACUUUCGAGAUGAUCAUGAGAAGCGCGAUUUCGUGGUUGGUGGUGCGGCGGCCGGUGUAGCGGCCGCUUUCGGUGCACCGAUCGGUGGUACGCUGUUUUCGCUGGAGGAAGCCGCUAGCUUCUGGAAUCAGGCACUGAUUUGGCGUACUUUCUUCGCCUCGAUCAUAAGCUCUUUUACCCUCAACAUAAUCUUGUCGGCUUACCAUGGGCUCAGUAGCUUCCGCUACCGUGGUCUUUUUAAUCUGGGAGAGUUUGAACCGCUACCGUUCGACUACUUCGAGCUACCGAUCUUUAUAGUGAUGGGUGUGAUCGGUGGUUGCAGUGGAGCGCUCUGGAAUGCAGUGAACCGUCGGUUGAACAUGUUCCGAGCGCACGCCAUACGUCCACGCUGGGCCAAAGUGCUGGAGGCGGCUUUCGUAGCGGUGAUCGGAGCCACGUUCGCCUGCCUUAUGGCAUACACGAUCAACGAUUGUCGUCCGCUCGGUAACGACCCGACCGAGCAUCCGGUGCAGCUGUUUUGUCAGGACAACGAGUACAAUGCGGCAGCUGCCCUGUGGUUCCAGACACCGGAAGCAACGGUUAAGGCUCUCUUCCACGAUCCACCCGGAUCGCAUAAACUGCUCACACUGAUCGUGUUUGUCGCCAUCUACUACCCGCUCUCGUGCGUAACGUACGGGUUGAGCGUGUCACUCGGCAUAUUCAUUCCCACCCUGCUUAUCGGUGCCGCCUGGGGACGCCUGUCUGCUACACUCAUCAUCAUGGCGUUCCCUGCAACAAGUGCCUUCGUAUCGCCGGGGAAGUACGCGCUGAUUGGUGCUGCGGCACAGCUCGGUGGCGUCGUACGGAUGACUCUUAGCCUGAGCGUCAUUAUCCUGGAAACAACAGGCAACAUCGGCUUCAUACUGCCCAUUAUACUGACGCUUAUGGCAGCUAAAUGGUCCGGGGAUUACUUCAAUGAAGGCAUCUACGAUUCGCAGAUUCGGAUGUCGCGCGUACCAAUGCUCCCGUGGCACGUCGAGCCUGAGUUCCAGCAACUCUUGGCUCGUAGCAUUAUGGCCAAGCCCGUGGUAUGUGUGCGUGUCGAGGAGAAGGUGCAGUAUCUGUUGGACAUUCUGAAGAACACGACCCACAAUGGAUUCCCCGUCGUCGAGGAUGGAGAUGAUGGAUCACGUGUUAAUGGUCGAGUGAUCGGGUUAAUCUUACGAUCGCAGCUGGUGGUCAUCUUGAAGCGUAGCUUCUACCAAGAAGCCUCUCGCUUCUGGGAAUCGACCGUCAACAUUGAAGCGUUCCGCGACGAGUAUCCACGCUAUCCGGCUGUUGGGGAUCUCCAUGUGAGCGAGGAUAAGCUGGGUGGCCAUUUUACGGUUAACAUGAGCAUCUUUAUGAACCCAUCACCGUACAGCGUAGAGGAGGGCACGUCGGUACCGCGUCUGUUUCAGCUGUUCCGUGCUCUCGGGUUGCGCCAUUUGAUCGUUGUUUCGUCCGAGAACCGUGUGCGCGGGAUAAUAACGCGGAAGGAUUUCCUGAAGCAUCUCUAAGUGCCGAAUAGUAGCCCUAGGCCAAAAAAGGAUAUUUUUUAUGUCUUGAACUCCAAUUUUUUGUUAUGGAUUUAAGUUACUUAAAGUAAGACUGCGAAUUACAUUUUUCAAAUAUAUAUGUUCCAUACUGGAACGAACGAAAGAA